AUGACUCCCUUCCAACUCUCUGUAUUCAUCUCCAUGGCUCUUGGUCUGACCGCGCAGGCCGCACCACUUACCUCUUCUGCUGGCCCUGCUGCUCCUGCUCCAGAGCUCGAAGAGGCAGCCGGUACCGCCACAACUCUUCUCUCCGGCCUAUCAUCCUCAGGCUCGGCAGUCGGCAUGGGCACGCACGUCGACACAUCCGGCAGCGUAUUCAGGGCUCCUUCCUCUCGGCGCACAUACGAUUACUCGGAGACGUAUGGACGCAGUGAGGACCCACAAGACGAGUACACCGCUAUUCACUUCGAAUCCUACCCGGAUGAGAACGGCUUGAAGGCCAAGCGUGCGGAGGAGUACGCAUACGGCUAUAACAAGAGCGCGUACGGCUGCGAUACUGAGGACGGGUAUGGGCUAGACGGGUGGGAUCAGGAGGACGAUGAGCACUGCAAGCACAUACCGCAUCGCUCGCACGAGAAGCGGGACGAGGUGGAGGUGAAGAGACUUGUGAAGCGUCACGGGUUUGAGCCGGAAGGGGAAGACGAGGAGGACGAUGAGGACAAGUGGGAUGACGAUGGGUUCGGGUAUGUGUAUGCGCCCGAUAGCGAGGGCGUCUACCGUCGCUUGCGCAUAGGGUAA